AUGCUUCGCUCCCGCGUGGUGCCUGUUGUUGGGACAGCCCGUCGGGGCCUGGCAACCGCCGCAUCGGUCAGCCCUAUCGCCCGGGAUCACCGAGUCGUCGUGGUCGGCGCUGGCACAGCCGGUCUCGCUGUCAGCCAUCAGCUCCUCCGAUCGGGCCAAUUCGCGCAGGACGACAUUGCGGUCGUCGACCCAGCCGCGUGGCAUCACUACCAACCGGGAUGGACUCUCGUGGGCGGCGGUCUGAAAACCAAGGAGGAGCUACGAACCUCGCUGAGCGAGUUGAUCGAUCCCAAGCUCAAGUUCUACAACCAGGGCGUGGGCGGCUUUUCCCCUGAGAACAAUCAAGUCACACUGGCCAACGGCGAAAAGGUCAGCUACGACCAGCUGGUCGUCGUACCCGGCAUCAGCGUCAACUUCGAUAGCGUCAAGGGCUUGCCCGAGGCGCUGGCUAACCCGGACUCGUCGGUCUCGUCCAUCUACGGCUAUGAUACCUGCGACAAGGUCUUCCCCACGAUCGCGAAGCUCCAGAAGGGAAAGGCGAUUUUCACACAGCCUGCUGGCGUGAUCAAAUGCGCAGGUGCCCCACAGAAGAUGCUCUGGUUGGCGCUGGACUACUGGAAGAGAGCCGGUCUCUACGACGCUACCAACCCUGUAGGGUCUGCGGUGCAGAUCAGCUUCGCCACGGGUCUUCCGUCCAUGUUUGCCGUGCCUAAGUAUAGCGCUGCGCUCGAGCAGAUGCGGAAGGAUAGAGGCGUUGAGGGCUUGUUCCAGCAUGAUCUUGUCUCCAUCAAGGGGAACACGGCGACAUUUGCGCGCCCGGAUGGCGCCGAGUCCGUCACGAGACAGUUUGAUCUGCUGCAUGUGGUGCCUAAGAUGGGUCCGCAUGCGUUCGUCAAGAACAGCGCCCUGGCCAACGAGGCAGGCUACGUUGAUGUCGAUGCGGGAACCACCCGUCAUAUCAAAUAUUCCAAUGUCUGGUCCGCCGGCGACGCAUCCAGUCUGCCUACUUCAAAGACGGCCGCCGCAAUCACGUCCGAAGCGCCGGUGCUAGUGCACAACCUGCUGCGAUCCAUGGAGGGAAAGGAGCCCGAAGCCACGUACGACGGGUACGCUUCGUGUCCGCUGGUGACGGAGUAUGGAAAGGUGCUCCUGGCGGAGUUCAAAUACGGCGGACAGCCCAAGGAGACGUUUGGAAAAUGGUUCGGUAUCGAUCAGUCGGUGCCCCGUAGAGCGUUCUAUCAUCUCAAGAAGGACUUUUUUCCCUGGGUGUACUACGCGUCUAUGGUUAAGGGUACGUGGGGAGGACCAAGGGGUUGGUUGAACUAA